AUGAAGGCACGACUGGCUGCCAACGCAGCCAUCGUCAACUAUCCAAACUUAGAAUCUGGCCUCGUUAAGUUGCAGCGGGGAGAGGCGUUGACGGCUGCUGAAAAGGUGGCGUGCUCUCAAUUUAGACUGCGUGAUGCAGACAAAGCAGGAGAUACUGUGGAAGAGCAACGUGACUCAAUUGUGAAAGAGGCAUUCAAGCGGUGCAAGGUGGCCAAGCGUGCGGCAUACGAGGAUGUUGCUUUCAUCCCACCAACCUCCAACGAGUGCGAGCGCUUUUCUCGUCCGUGA